AUGAACCCGCUUGCCCUCUUCUCUGCGUUCUCGAACAUUCCGCCCAUCGAAACUAGGAAAGCGCUGUUACUUCUCGAUUUUCAAAACGAUUUCGUACGUCCAAAUGGUCGACUCCCCGUCCGGAAAACUCUCGACUUUAUAGACUUGAUCCCCGGCCUUGUCCAGAGUUUCCGUCGUACAGGAGAAGUCGUGUGGGUGCGGACUCAGUAUGAGGGGCCACGCCCGGUCAUCGACGACUAUGGAAGCGAAAUAAUCAUUACUUCGGCUGGUUCGUUGGAUACAAAAAAUCAGAAAAAGGGACGGCAUGGACGACAGGAAAGUUGCAGUGAUGUGAACGACGUGGUCGAUCCAGAGGCCUUUCUGUCAGGCCCGGAGCCAGCUUGCCUACCACAAACCGCUGGCGUGCAGUUCCCGGCCCCUAUCCUUGCAGCUAUAGACCACGAACAUGAUAUUGUCAUCGAGAAAUCGGACUACUCGGCAUUACAGUCACCUGGGAUGGUCUUGUCGCUACGUUCCCGCUUUGUUACCGAGUUGUAUAUUUGUGGAAGCUUGUCCAACGUCUCGGUAUACGCCACGGCACUCGAUGCUGCACAACAGGGGUUUUCUAUAACGUUGAUAGAGGAUUGCAUGGGAUACCGCAGUUUUGCCCGUCACGAAGAAGCCGUCCGGCGCCUUGCAGACAUUGUAGGUGCCAAUGGCAUAUCCGCGCAGGAGCUGCUUGAAGCCGAGGAUUGGGAGGAGACUCAACAGAUCGCCCACGCAUCAAGCCCUGAUCGUCCAACCGCUUCUCAAACAAAAACUUUGGGACAGUCGAAUACGACUUCACCGUCUGGCAUUGAGAACGUCCUGGAUCAUCUUGCUGUUCAGAAUUCUCCUGUUACGAAACGAUCCUCAAUCGAACCUGCCACAACACCGGCUCCUAACACCACCGCCUAUUCAACCGGUAUUAUUGAGGCAGAUGAUAAUCCAUACGACUACGACGACGAGCCCAUCAUUUUACCCCCGUUAAAAUAUCCUCGAGCCUCCGCAUUUCACGGGACGAGAGAAGCGCGAGCCUCAGGCACGAAUCCCUCAAGAGUGCGUCGUACCAAGUCCGGAAAGUCUCCAUCUUCAUCUCGUCGACCAGGAUCAGCCGCCGCAGAUUCAGUUACACUCGGGAGAACCUCUACAUCCCCCGUGCUUACUACCACUCCCAACAAAGCUCCGAAUCUGUCACCCGGCUCUACCCCGAAGUCUCUACCGUCGCCACCACUAGUGGAAACAAGUUAUGCAAAGAAGAAAAAGAAGAUCGCCAAAGACUACCUCGGACCUGAUGAUUCCAUUGCAGAAGGCGAUUCUCGGAUCGUGUAUAAUCUUGACUUACCCACAGACGCUUUCGAACAGAUACAGAAGGAAGUCAACUGGCAAAAGAUGUAUCAUUUGUCAGGUCAAGUUCCGCGCCUGGUGGCUGUUCAAGGUGUGGUUUCUCCUGACAAAUCUUUUCCGAUCUACCGCCAUCCAGCCGAUGAAUCUCCUGUCCUCGAAGCAUUCACGAAAACCGUCGAUGCCGUUCGUGUCUGCGCGGAGAGAAUUGUGGGUCACCCGUUGAAUCAUGCGCUGAUCCAGAUGUAUCGUGAUGGUCAAGAUAAUAUCUCCGAACACUCCGAUAAGACUCUUGAUAUUGUGCGUGGUUCAUCGAUUGUCAACGUCUCGCUAGGGGCUCAGCGAGUCAUGACUUUGCGAACGAAAAAGUCCGCUCCUACUGAAGGAGAAGACGGUCGUCAGAAACAACAGGUACCUAUGCCUCAUGGCUCCAUGUUCAUACUUGGACCGCAGUCAAACACCAGAUGGCUGCAUGGUAUUCGCCCUGAUAAACGACCGCAAUCGGAGAAAUCUUGUGAAGAGAAAGCUUAUAAUGGUGAACGCAUUUCGCUUACAUUCCGAAAUAUCGGCACUUUCAUCAAUCCAGAGCGAGGCAUAAUAUGGGGACAAGGAGCUGUGUCUAAGCGGGCUGAAACAGCGCAACGAGUCAUUCAUGGAGACGUAUCCGAAGCCGAAAGACUCAUUCGAGCAUUCGGCUCUGAGAACCGAGAGACCGAGUUCGACUGGGAUGCUGUCUACGGCCAAGGUUUUGAUGUGGUCAAUUUUGUCGAGCCACCGGUUACCCACGUAACCUUAAGUGGUGAUCCAAUUGCAGAUAUGCGAGUGAGAUUGUGUUUGACCGAGAAUGGCAUGCGAUAUGCUGUUGAACCGCCUAAGGCGAUAGAUGUUCAACAAAUUAUAUACACAAGUCCGGAUAGAAACAUAGUGAUUAGAGGCGACAUCCAGAUAUUACUCUAUCUUGCUUCGCUGGAUCAAAGCUCUGAACUUGCGAGACCCGGCGUAGACGUUGUCCGCGGGGGUAACCUUUUGCUUGAGAUCACCAAGCUGGAGACAGCCUGGCAUGAAUACCUGCUUAGCGGCAGUAGAACAGAAUUCGGACAGCUAUCUUCUUGGAAUGAACGACUACGAGAGGCUGGCCAACAUUAUAUCGCGGGACAAGCCCUGACCAUCGACGAUCUCGCCCUAUGGCCGAUUCUGCAUCAGAUUGAGACACAGAAGGGUAUCAUCUCAGGCUCAUCACAGUAUCCUUACUUAUCGACCUAUUAUCAACGAAUAGAGAAGAGAGGCUGCGUUCGCGUGGUCCUGGAUGAAAUAGCUCACGAACCAGACCAUUGA